AUGACAAAGCCAGCUAAAAAUGGCAGUGAAUUAUUUAAGAAGCUUCUUCGUGAUAAGCUGACUAAGAAUGAAAUGGACGAUGUUUUUUUUUAUUAUAAACAAAUAAUAGGUAUAAUAGCUGGUGUUAUAUGCGGGAUAGUAGGAAUCAAAGGAAUAUUAGGAUUCUUAUUUUUUCUCAUCUUUCAAUUUUUUCUGUCUGUUGCCCUAUACAAUAAAAAAAUAGAUGAAAAUUAUUAUAUUGAUAACUUUAGCAUUGUAACUAGCAACUUAUCUGUUGCUAUACCGGCAUUUGUGGUAUCAUGGAUAACAAUGAACACAGUACUACUAUAA